GCCUCACGUCCUGUAAUUCCCACUAUGCACUGCGCGAGCAUUUUGCUCCAGUUUAUUUCAGGGAGCUGUUGAGUUUGGUGAGCACCGGAGAGGCACUGAGACAACCGCAAUCCGCGCUCCAUCUUCCGAGCGAUAUACACUUAAAAACAAACAAACAAUAAAAGCACUGUACUAAACAUGAGGCUUCAGUUCCUACCACAUCUCCCGAAAGGCCUGUGAGUGUCUACUAGUCACCCACCCGUCUCUACGGAGGAUUCCCCCCUCCCCCGCCCGCCGAUCCGCACCGACCAGGCAAUGACAGCGGCCUCGGCAACCCCGCAGCAGAUGAGAGACCGGCUGCUGCAGGCCAUCGAUAGCCAGAGCAAUCAGAUCCGCAACAUGGUUGCGGUACUAGAAGUGAUUUCCUACUUGGAGAGAUACCCCAUCACCAAAGAAGCACUAGAGGAAACUCGGCUGGGGAAGCUGAUCAACGACGUGCGGAAGAAGACCAAGGACGAGGACCUCGCCAAGCGUGCCAAGAAGCUUCUGCGGAGCUGGCAGAAGCUGAUCGAGCCGGGCCAGGCAGAGGCCACGCCCCGGGGGGCGGGGCUUGGGCCGGUCACGCCGGGCUCGGCCAAUGGGGGCGCUCACCCGCCGUGUCGGCCGGAGGCCACGCCCCCCAGGCUGUCCCCCGAGUUGAAGGGGCGGAACGACUUCCACAACACGUACUCGCCCAAGGCCGAGAAGGGCCGCAAACGCAAGGGCGACGCCCGCCACAGCCCCGCCCCUCCCGCCAAGGUCGCCAAGGCGACCACCGCCGCGUACGAGCGGCUGUGCAACUCCUCCACGCCGCCGCCCACCAAUGGCGUCGGGGGCAGCCCGGAGCCCCUCCCCCCCCCCGGCGAGGCGGAGCCCCAGGAGAACGACAAGCAGAGCAGGAUCCCCGUCAACGCCGUCAGGCCCCGCCCCGGCCCCGCCCCCAGCACGUCCUCGCUGCUCCGAGCCGCUGUCCUGCAGCAGCACGCCAAGAUGGAGGAGCCCUCCAGCCCGCGCUGCGUCAACCGUCAUCCCGCCCGGAGCACGCCCCCCCGGCCCGCGCCCUCGCCCCCGCCCCCAACCUCCCCGCCCCCGCCACUGACUCCGCCCCUGGCCCCGCCCCUCCUCCCGCCGCAGCACGAGGCCUCCUCCCCCUCGGCCAAUGCCAUUGGUCGGGAGAGCGACGGGGGCGGGGCCUCGGACCGGGGCGGGAAGCGGCGGAAGAAGAGGUACCGGCCGCGGGACUACCGGGUGAACCUGGGGGGCCCGGCGGAGGGGGGCGGGGCCAAGCCCGUGCGCUUGAAAGAGCGGCGGCUGACCUUUGACCCCAACACGGGGCAGAUCCGGCCGCUGGCGCUCAGCAGGGAGCCCGGCCUGGGGGAGGCCCAGCCCGAGCCCCUGAGGACAGAACCGCCCCCGGAGGCCCCCGCCCCCCCCUCGCACCCCAGCCCCUUCCAGCAGACCAACUGGAAGGAGCUGUCGCGGAACGAGAUCAUCCAGUUCUACCUGAGCAUGCAGAGCAGCGUGCUGACCUCGUCCGGCGCCCAGACGCCGGGCGCUCACUUCUUCAUGAGCGAGUACCUGCGCCGCGAGCAGAGCCACGUCCGCGAGACCCGCAAAACGCACGUCCUGGUCCCCACGGCGACGGCGGGGGCCAGCCGCGAGGUGACGGGCGACGCCCUGCGGAGGGCGGCGGGCGAGCACUGGCCCGGGGUGAACGGCUGCUACGACACGCAGGGCCGCUGGUACGACUGGACGCAGUGUAUAUCGCUGGACCCGCACGGGGACGCCAGCAGCCUCAACAUCCUGCCCUACGUCUGCCUGGACUGACCCCGCCCCCCCACACAGCCCGUUUCUCUCUGGUGGAAAUAAGAAAAAAUAAAAAGGGGGGGGGGGGGGGCUAUCGGGGAGGGGAGAAGGGGGGGGCGUGGCUUUUGUUCACGCCCCGCCCACCCGCCUCGCUCUAGCCAAUGAGAGGGACUCUGUUCCCUCUCCUCCCGAAAGCGGGGAGCCAAUCCCACGCAGCCCCCUGGGCUGACACAGGGCAGCCCGUCUGCAGAGGGCCAGGAAGUGCCAACAAGGGCUCGAGACCAGGGUCGCCCACGCGACCGUAGUCAUGGCGACGUCCGUCUGCAUAGGGGGUCAGAGGUCGAAGGUUGAAGGGCAGGGCGCGGGGUGUGAGCGGCUUUAUGUGGCACACAAAGGACUGAAGCGGUGAACGAGAGAAUAAAUAAAACGUUCCUUUCUCA